GUGAAAUCCGCGUACCGACGCAUGGCGCUCGCGACGCAUCCCGACAAGAACGACGGUGAUUCGCGCGCGUUCAAGCGCGUCGCGAUGGCGUACAAGAUCCUCGGCGACGCCGAGCGACGCGCGGCGUACGAUGCGAGCGGAGGCGUCGAAGGCGAGGACGCGCGCGACGCGCUGGAGACGGAGAUCGACAUCAGCGAGGUUGGCUUCGCGAACACGCUCGUGGCGAGCGUCAUCAGUUCGUUGGGCGUGAACAUCAAGACGGCGGUGCCGGUGAAAGCGCUGGAGGCGGUGCGACGAGGAGAAACGACCGGCGGCGUGGUGGACGCGACGAUGGGGUGUAAAUUGAGCGAGAGCGCGAGAAAGGGAGAGAUUCGAUUGUUUCGAUGCGCGCUCAGCGAGGAAGACGUGAGGCGAGGGGUGGUGGUGAGCGCGACGUCGCCGAGCGGGGAUAAGUUUAAGCUUUUAAAGUUUGAUCGCGCGUCGAACGGGGAUGGGGGACUGGAGCUUUCGUUACAAGAGGUGAGCGCGAAGUUUGAUUCCGUCAAGCCGAAGCGGUCGCACGCGGGAUUUUACUUCACGGGGCACAAGAGUUACAACUACGAACCAUUCGAGUUGAUAAAGAUGAGCAAAUUGGAAUCGCGAGAUUUGGCGAUGUUCCACGCGCUCGAUAAUUGGACGCCGAGGGAGUGCGUGAGCAUAUCGCCGGGAGAGCACGUGUUCGGAGUGUACGGCGACAACUUUUUCGACAAGUGCAAGUUUGAGUUCGAAAUUUUCGUCGUCGGCACAAAGACUAGCGACGGCGCCGUUCUCGAACCAUCGAAAAUUCACGAGAUCGAGACGAAGAUGUCGAAGAAGCGGGACGAUUUGAUGCGGUUUGAAAAGGAAUAUUUAGCCGCCAAAUCGGCGUUUGAAAAAGUGGUGGUGCGUCAUCAGCAAGAGGCGGACGAAGUCAAAGCUUUGAUCGCCGCUCGAGAGGCGGCGUAUUGCGCGCUCACGUUG